AUGGCGGCCCCCAUGGAAAUUUUGUUGACUUCAGAUGCAAGUGGAAUGCUAUGGAAUCUCUGUGUUUGGGAUUUCCAGACAGGCACUGCCAUUAAGAGUUUCAAAGGUGGAUCUAGUGCUCCUCGAAGUGUUUGUCUUUUAGAUGGCUACUUUUUGAUAUCGGCUGCUGUUGGCAAACCCAUUAUCCACGUGUGGGCUGCUCAGAAAAAGGAGCAACAGCAGCAACGUAUUGUGUGCCCAGGAGUGGUGUCCUGCCUCGUUGCUUCAUCUAAUAACACACUAUGCGUAGCGGGUAUUGCUGAGAAGAUUCACAUAUGGCAGACUUGCACUGGCGAUCUGCUAGCAGUUCUGUCUCGUCACUACCAGAAGGUCACGUGUCUUUGUUUCACCGAUGACGGGAGUCAUUUAAUAUCAGGCGGAGAAGAUAACCUCGUUAUGGUGUGGUUUGUUGCAAGUGUUCUUCAGCAAGGUCAAAACAGUAAACCAUGCGAGCCGUUGCACGUUUGGUCCAAACAUGCUCUGCCUAUCACCGAUGUGAAAUGCGGAACAGGAGGUUCAAUGUCAAGGGUCGUCUCUGCAUCACAUGACCAAACCUGCAAGUUGUGGGAUUUGGCCUCGGGCCAGCUUCUCUGUAACUUUGUAUUCGAUGCACCUGUUUGCUCGGUUACCAUGGACACAGCAGAGUACCAUCUUUUCGCUGGAUGUUCAGACGGAAACAUCUACCAAGUCAACCUGUAUGCUUCAUCUGAACAGAGGGAGAGACAUAUACAAGGAGACGCUUCAUCAGCGGACAAAAAGGAUUCACUUGUUUUUCACGGUCACAGUAAGCCUGUGACCUGUUUGUCAGUGUCUAUGGAUGGUACUGUGUUGGCAUCUGGCAGUCAGGACCAGACAGCAUGCAUAUGGCAUAUUCACAGCAGACAACGUGUACGUACAAUCAACCAUAAAGGAGCCGUUACCAAUGUAGCAUUCGUGUUGUCAUCUAUUAGUGAUAGUCAGACCAAACCAAACUUCUUGCUGCAACCCUUCAAGAGGCACCUCCAGUCUGCAGAAUCAGAUGGGGAUGCUAGUGCACAGGGAGAAAUAGGAGUCAGGAUACCAUACCAGCUGCCGACGACAUUUGGAGAUAUAGACCGUGAGGAAAAGUCACAACUCCUUGAGGCAAUCCAACAGAUCAAUGACAGUAACCAAACCUCUCACUCAUCUCGUCAACAACUGGAAACAGAAAUCGAAAAACUACGACAAGCAAAUCAACUUCUCUUCAAGUCGGCCAUCGAGUUAGCAAAGACAUAACUUCUACAGUUCAAUUACAGAUUUCUAGUUUAAAGGGUGUAUGUACUUUUUGUAGGACAAAAAACACAAUGUCCACAGACUUACACUAAACUUACACAG